AUGAAGAUUCCCAAGAGGGAUGCAGUGGAUGAUAAUGGUCAAAACGAUUGGUUUUUCAAUCACAAGAAUCUCUUCUACCCUAUCUUAGGUGGUGUAUUAGGUUUCAUCACAUUAUUAUGUCUUUACGUUCUCUGGAGAGGUCCAACACGUACUCUUUUCCCUUGUUUUUUAUCUAAAUCAGGAAAAGAAAGAAAGAAGAAAAAUAAAUCUUCACCUUCUACCGACUCUAAAGCCCUACCAAACUUAUCGACUAUACCAAAUGGUAUAAAAUCUGGGAUUCUUACGAACUCAUCAAGUUCGACUGGGAUUCCUAUUGCUUCAAGAGGAAUCGUAGCGGAUUCAACUUCAUCAACCAAUUUGAAUCCUUCUACAACUCUUCAUAACUUGCCUUCUUCAUCAUCUCCCCCUAUCACUUUGACGAAAGAACUCGACACAAGGUUAACUUCGACCACUUCGUCAACCCUACCUGACCAAAAAUCCCGUUCAAACAAUUCAAACAACAAACCUACACUGACCAUACAUACCCACUCAAAUCCGGGAACUUCACAAGAAAACGUAAAGAAAAACGAUAAUGGUUAUCUAUCCGAAUUGAAAUACACAACCACAACUCAACGUGCUGAAAGUAUACAUUCAUCAUCAUCAAGAAAAUCAAAGAAAUUAGUGAAGAAAUCAAAGAAACCAAAAAGUAUACUAUCACCACAAACAUCAGAUAAUCCUAUGAAAGUACAUUUUCAAACAAACGAUCCAUCCUCUCAAACAAACUCUUAUUUCAAUAAUGAGGAUAUUAAUAUCCAAGGGAAAAGAGAUUCUCCAGCAAGUACAAUAACAUUUAAAUUUCCUUCUCCUCUUCCACCUGGACCUCAUCCACAUUAUUCAUUAUCAUCUCCACUUUCUAAUCAAAUUCCUUCAUAUUCAUAUACCACAUCAUCACCAUCUACUCGUAUCACACCUCAUACUCAAUUACCCAUUUCGAAAACCUUGAAUAAAUCUUCGGGAAAUCAGAAGGAAGUACAACAACAAACACGUGUUCUCCGUCGACCGACUCAUGUUGCUCAUCCAUCAGACGUAUCACAUCCUUCUUGGAGUGCUGGACAACCUUCUUGGCAUUCAUCAGCUUUUUCAAGUUCUGAUCAAAGUUGGAAUUCUUUAAAUAAUUCACAUUAUUCUAAUCCACCCAUAAGCGGUUCUAUGGCUUAUACUUGGUCUGUAGCUCAACCUCAGACGGGAUAUACGAAUUUUACAUCUUAUUCACCUACUCAAUAUAUUCCUUCUCCAUAUCCCCCAAACAAUGGUUAUCCUCCUCAGGCUCCAUUCGUACAAACCCCAAAUAUCGUACAUCCUCUUACUCAUGGUCCUGCCUAUGGAGGUCAAAUUGACAACUCACCCAAUACACCACCUCGAAUGACUCCACCAUACGCUUCACUUGAGAGAUCGAAUGCUGGACGGGUGGAAAGAUCGGAGGUUGAGAUGAAACAAGAAGUACCCAUCACCAUGCCAGUCCCGAGACCGCUGACGGUGGGUCCAGGGGUAGGGAUGAGGAAAGGGGGUGAAGAGAUGGUAUUACAUAUGCCCAUCCCUCGACCUCCAAGAGGAGUAUCGUUAUUCGCUAGUAGUAGUACUAGUCUUUCUAACAGAGUUGAACAUGCACUUUGA